UAGCCACUUGCGUGGAUUCUAAGCACCGAACCGCAUUUAGUAUUUUCUCAAUCUCUCUCUAGUUUAGUUUGCGCGAUACGCAAACAAUCUUCCUCAAUUGAUUGAGAUUCCAAGCCAAGGGUGACGGAGGAGAGCUUGAGACAAUUCAUUUACUGGCGUGGGUCAUUUACAGAGAUAGUAAAGAUGUUCUUUGAGGGAUAUGGGUAUCAUGGAAUGUCAUUUGAGCAGACAUAUAGAUGUUAUCCUGCAUCUUUUAUUGACAAGCCUCAAAUAGAAAAUGGUGACAAAAUUAUAAUGCCACCUUCAGCUCUCGAUCGCCUUGCAUCGCUUCAUAUUGAUUAUCCCAUGUUAUUUGAGCUUCGGAAUGCUGCAACUGAGCGUGUUUCUCACUGUGGUGUCCUGGAGUUUGUUGCUGAGGAAGGCAUGGUCUAUAUGCCAUACUGGAUGAUGGAGAACUUGCUCUUACAAGAAGGAGAUAUUAUACGAGUUAAGAAUGUCACCCUUCCAAAAGGGACAUAUGUUAAACUCCAACCUCAUACGAAAGAUUUUCUUGAUAUUUCCAAUCCCAAGGCCAUUUUGGAGACAACCUUGCGGAAUUUCUCUUGCUUGUCAACUGGCGAUAGUAUUAUGGUGGCAUACAAUAACAAGAAGUAUUACAUAGAUAUUGUGGAGGCUAAGCCAUCUCAUGCCAUAACUAUCAUUGAGACCGACUGUGAAGUUGACUUUGCGCCUCCUCUUGAUUACAAAGAACCCGAAAGAAGACCCACAUCGUCUUUCCCUUCAAGCAAGGCCCCAGUUGAAGCAAAAGAGGAUCCAGUUGAGACUGAGCCCAAAUUUAGCCCAUUUACUGGAGCUGGAAAGCGGUUGGAUGGGAAACCUUUGAAGUAUGAGCCACCUCCGGUUUCUUCUACGGUCAGUAGUAGUUCUAAAGAAAAGCUGCCCUCUGUUGGCAGCGGGCAGUCGUCUUCUGUUGGAUCUAGUUCGCAAAGUAGCAACCGUCAGUCUCAGGGGAAGCUGGUAUUUGGCCCGAAUGCCAACCGCUCUAAGGAUAAGGAAACACAAAAGGAAACUAAGAAGGAAGAAGCACCAAAGAAAGAAGAAGAAGAAGCUAAGUUUCAGGCAUUUACAGGAAAGAAGUACUCUCUUAGGGGUUAAACAUUCUCUCAAAUACUACUGUUAUUUGGCAAUUUGUCACCCCCUUAUACUGUUCAAAACAAAAUUUCAUUACUUUUUAGUGCUGUGAUUUUAGUAUUACACUUGCUGCCUGAACAAAAAAAUAAUAACUUUCAUCUUCAAUCCAUGCCCAAGUUUUAUUUUAUUU